AUGUCUAAUGAACAAAUAAAUAGUUCGAAACGUAAAUUCCCAUCUGAUGAGGAUCAAUGGUCAAGGUUAUCACGCGAAGAGCUCAUACAACGUUGUAUACAACUUGACAAACAUGUCGAACAAUUGAGAAAUACAAUAAGUAAAACAACGGGAAAGGAUUCGAAGGAGAAAAAGACGAAAGCGAUGAGACCGUUUGAUUUCAGUAAACAUCCGAAACGACAUAUAUUUCUCAAGUUCUUCUAUCUCGGUUGGGAUUAUCAUGGUUUCGUUGUACAAGAAACAACAUCACAAACUGUCGAAGAUUUUCUCUUUGAUGCAUUGAUAAAAACACGAUUAAUCGAAGAGCGGGCAACCUCGAACUAUCAUCGAUGCGGACGCACAGAUCGAGGCGAGUGUCAGUGCAUUCACUCAAGUAAUCUCAUUGACCGUUCGAUCAAAGCUUAUACGGAAGAACUGAACUAUGUACAAAUUUUGAAUGGUGUACUACCAAGUUCAAUACGAUGCACUGCGUGGGCGCCCGUGCCAGAUGGCAAAUCAGCUCGAUUUGAUUGCGUAUCAAGAUCUUAUCGAUAUUUCUUUCCAAAAGCUAAUCUAAAUCUUGAUCGAAUGAGACAAGCAGCAGCAGAUCUGAUUGGCACACAUGAUUUUCGAAGUUUUUGUAAACUUGAUAUAACUAAUGAUGAGCCGACAUUUAUUCGCCGUAUCGAUAAUGUCACUGUUGAACAAUUAAAUAUUGAUAAUGAUUCGAACAGUCCUAAUUUUGGUUACCAAAUGUGCGAAUUGUUGGUUCACGGUUCUGGAUUUCUAUGGCAUCAGAUUCGUUGUAUCGUUGCUAUUCUACUAUUGAUUGGUCAAGAAAAAGAAGAUGUUCAACUAGUUAAAGAACUACUGAAUAUUGAAAAAUACCCCUGUACACCGAACUAUCAAAUAGCAUCCGAAUUACCGCUGAUUCUGUUUGAUUGUCAAUAUAAUGAUGUCGAAUGGAUCUGUGAUCAUUCAUCACUUCGUAUGACGAUCGCCCAUCUACAACGACAUUGGUCGUCGUUUCAAAUUCGUGCAACGAUGAUCAAAGCUAUGCUGAAUCAUCUCGAAAGCCAAAUUUCAGAUCAACAACAUACACCGAUUUUAGGUCAAUUAGCCUUGAUUGAAAAUGACAGUCAUGCAUCAACAGGAUAUAAUAAUAAUCGAAAGAAUUACCAGCCAAUCUUAACUCGUCCAGUGCGAGAGAGUGUGGAGACAAAAGUUGAAAAAUUUCAAAAUAAAAAAGCGAAAUUAAAAACUUCAACUGAUCAUGAUGAUGAGAAGAAUGGUGAAGCUUGA